CAGGGGAAUGGUCCUCAUGUCCUCCGUUACAGAGCCACAGUGGAUGGACUACAUCAUGAUGAAGCAGAGACACAGAUGCUGCAGAGGAUACUGAGGCUUGGUCUUUACAUUGGAUCCCAUGAUGGACAUUCAAGUGGAUGGAUAGACUCUUAAAAUACUUAUUUUAAUGGAGAUACAACCUGUUCUGUGUGUUUCGUCUGUAGACUUUGAUUGGAUCCAUACGUCAUUGAUGCAAGCUACUUAUAGUGUUUUCAGUAUACCAUUAGAAAUGAUACCACAGUCCUGUUUGGUACCUACAGUUCCUGGAAGACACUUUUGGUGAACAUUAUGUAUUGUGAGAUUUUAUCUCUGUGUUAGGUCUAUAAGUGGAUGGGGCAAAGCACUAAGACAAGAGGUCUACAGAAAGAGAAAUGCUGUGGUCAUAACUGGUGAAUAUAAGCCUAAAACUGCUGGAUGAUUCCUCUAAUUUGUCAUCACAUUUCAUUCAAAGAUUGACUGAGCAUAAUCUGGAAAAGUGAGAAAUGUUCAAUCUUCCAUUUCUCUAAAUUGUAUUUUUUAAACUGGCGAAGAGCAGAACCUUUGCAUAAACUGGCAUUGUUUUCCUUUUCCAGUUUGUUCCCUGCUGUUACUGUUUGACUAUUCCCGGCUGUUCAGAAAAGGUGCCUCCCAUUGUAUUUUAAAAUCUUUGUUAAACUGUACAUUGGCUGCCUUUGUAUCCCCACAGUACAAUGAGAGUUUCAGAUAGAGUGGCUGAAUAUGUCUGGUCAGCCUAUUUUCCCAUACCAGGCUCAACACCGUUCAUAUCAUCCAUUAAACAGAACUCAUAUUAAUUAUAGUCAAUGCGGACUGCAUGGCAAAGCAUUUUUUACAGAUUUGCAUUGGAAAGAGACAAACUAUCCAGAGGUUAAACCAUGGGAGACUGGUCCAUUCUCGGACGCUUCCUGUCCGAGGUGCAGAACCACUCCACAGUGAUCGGCAAGAUCUGGCUGACCAUGCUGCUGAUCUUCCGCAUCCUGCUGGUGACCCUGGUGGGGGACGCGGUGUACAGCGAUGAGCAGUCCAAGUUCACCUGCAACACCCUGCAGCCCGGCUGCAACAACGUCUGCUACGACACCUUCGCCCCCGUCUCACACCUGCGCUUCUGGGUCUUCCAGAUCGUCUUGGUCUCCACGCCGUCCAUCUUCUACAUCGUUUACGUCCUGCACAAGAUCGCCAAGGARYAGAAGCUGGAGYUCCAGAAGGGGCAGGUGAUGGCUGAGCGGACCUCCAAYAAGMUSUUUGGYCAGCUGGMYAGGYAAGGGCUGGAGAACAUGGAGACUGGUAUGRCCACCUACUGCCCUGGYUACAGYGAGGAGUGGGMUGGUKAGGAAGSGGAGGGGGUGGAGCAGAGCCUGCUYGAGGAGGACUAUGGYGAGMUYGGGGAGGARCCKACUCAGCUSUCCAGCCAGGUGCUGCUKAUKUACAUCCUGCARGUGCUGCUYCGCUCCGUCAUGGAGAUCACCUUCCUGGUGGGGCAGUACUACCUGUUUGGCUUCGAGGUGCCUCAACUGUACCGCUGCGAGACCUACCCCUGCCCCACCCGCACAGACUGCUUCGUGUCACGUGCCACUGAGAAGACCAUCUUUCUCAACUUCAUGUUCAGCAUUAGCGUGGGCUGCUUUGUGCUCAACAUCGCAGAGCUGCACUUUCUGGGCUGGGUCUACAUCUUCCGCGUACUGUGCUCCGCUUGCUCCACCUGCUUCCGCCCUGAGAGGAACCCUGUGGGGCUGUACGACCACCACAACCCUCUGCUGCUGCAGCUCAAACACUCUCUGAGGGGCAGGGUGGUCCUGGAGACUCCCACUCCCAUGGCCCAGGAGAAGGCUGGGGGCCACCUGCUCACUCAUGCCCCAGCCAUCUCCUUUGAGACCGAUUCUACUGUGGAGUGCACCUCCAAGAGGACUCCAGAAGAGAGGGACCGGGUUAAGGUUAAACUGGCCAACAUGGCCAAGAUGGAACGGACUAAGAAGUCUUGGCUGUGAAAGGCCCAUUCUGUGUGAUUCUCAGAUGUAGCAUUUUCCACUUUUGAAACAACAAUGGGAAAGACAGAGUUUAUAGCAUAGGUUGCUCAGAUUGGGCAUUUGGAGAAUGAGAGUAUACUCCUGAUUCAGAAAGAAAGAUUCAGCGUUAUCAUCCAUACCAUAGCCUAAAAUUACAUAAAGAACAUUCAAACUGUUCCUGAGUUUCAAAAGAAAGAGAAAAGUAAAACAUUUUGCUGGGAAAUUGUUUUCAUUCAGUUUACAGUCAUUAUCUUCAGUCUGUUCACACAUACGUCCUACUGUACACAAUCUCAGGGUUCUUCAAUACAAACACACCUGUUUCAUAAAACAUGACACGUUUUCACAUUCUAACAAUGUUUGAAGGAUACUUUUCAAUAAUUCCUUUUAAUUGUUGAAAUAUAUAGCUGGCAGAGUAGUUUUGACCUGUGUGCAGACAGUCAUUUAUGUUGUCUAAAGGGACUUUGUCUCUUAUAACAUUAUUCUUUUUCAGAAUAAUCUAAUCUGAUUGACUGGUGGGUAGUCACUAACUAUUUGUAGCAUGUGUGCCUCUUUUUAUUGAUAUUUGCAUGGUAUGUAUGUGUAUAGAUCUUUAGUAAUUAAUGUUGAAAUUAUCCAAGGGUUUUUAUUAACUGAAAUGUUUAUAGUUGGUGUCCCGAUCUCAAAUGCGCCCAUAGUAUUUCAAAAACGGCAGAAUCAAACAGUAUUGGAACAGUAACUUGUAUUUCUCAUCCAGAAGUGUAAGAAUUUUAGAAGAAUGUAAUUUCAACAGUCAAAUGUUGCACUGUUUGAUAAGACAGUGUAUGGAAAACCUGCAUUUGAAUGAGUUUAGUUGUGAGUUUGAAAUCUGACCACAAGAGGUCACUAUAAUACUUUAAGUUAUCAAACAGGGUUGUGCUGAAAAUCAAAUGAACCACAGCCAAAUAAAUCAUUUGUAAUUAAGAGUAAGAUUAAAAAAGACUUGUAUAAUGUACUUUCUUGAUAAAAUACAUUCUAAAAUGUAAAUAUCUGUUUUUCUGAGUAUGUAGUGCACAUAUCUGUGAGGAUCAGACCCUUUUUUUAAAUUUUCGCCUAAAAUGACAAAUCUAACUGCCUGUAGCUCAAGACCUGAA